UGAGCCACUGCUCUCAGCCUGACCGCUCCGAUGCUGGACAGACAAACUUUAUAUGAACUACACGAACCGACGCUUACAGGAAUUAAGAGACUGAGGAGAAUUUCAAUAGAGCAGACUUUCAACUUCGAGAUCAUGCGGGAUGUUUCACGUUCGCCAAGAAGGUUUCAUUUGAAGGUUUCUCCACUAUGAAGGACUCAAAGAGACAUUAAGCUUAAAGGACUUCUAGUUUGGUUUGUCUGGAUUGUUUCACAUCACCAUGGAGAUCAGGAAAGUGCAUCUGAAAAGCCCCGGGACAGUUUUACUCACCAUGAUGAUGUUCAAAUGGGGUAUAUUCUGUUCCGGUUCAUCUGAUAUGUGUGCAUCUUCUCCCUGUCAAAACGGAGCAACAUGUGUGGAUACAAUGGACGACUAUGUGUGUUUGUGUUCAAUUGAAGGAGUGCGGUACGCUGGGAGGCACUGUGAUGAGCUGUAUAAUGCUUGUGUGUUUGCUGAAUGCAAAGGAUGUGAGACUGAACUAGGUACAGAGCAAUACACCUGUCCAGAGUACUUCAACGAGUGUGAAAGUGGACCAUGUGUAGGUGCCCUCUCUGAGUGUAUAGAUGAGCUGAAUGGCUACAAAUGUCUUUGCCCACCUGGUUUUGGAGGAGAGGACUGCAGUCAUCGCGUUACAGACUGUAUUGAUGAACCCUGCUUCAACAAUGGCACCUGUAGGCGGAUAGUGGAUGGAUUUGAAUGCACCUGUUCACAAGGUUUUCGUGGUGAGACCUGUGAAGAGAACGUGGAUGAUUGUGAUUCACAUCCUUGUCAGAAUGGUGCAAUCUGUGUGGAUGGCACCAACAAGUAUCACUGCUUCUGUGUCCCUGGAUACCAAGGACACAACUGUGAGAUUGACAUAAACGAGUGUGCAUCACGACCUUGUUGGAACAAUGGAACCUGCAUUAAUGGAAAAGACCAAUACCUGUGUGAAUGUCUGCUGGGAUAUACAGGGGUAAACUGCGAGAUGGAGAUCGAUGAUUGCGAGUCAAAUCCUUGCCAAAACGGAGCCACCUGUCAUGACCUAGUAGGGCUGUACACCUGUGACUGUGUGCAGGGGUUUGAAGGUUCAGAUUGUGAAAUCAACAUUGAUGAAUGUGAGAGUGAUCCAUGUCAGAAUGGAGGACUCUGCAUCGACCUCAUUGAUAGUUAUAUUUGUGAAUGUGAAGGCACUGGGUUUAUGGGAGACCACUGUGAGGAGGACAUUCCGGAGUGUGCAUCACAACCUUGUCAACAUGAAGCAACUUGUGUAGAGGGCAUUAACCAUUACAAUUGUACCUGCUGGCCAGGUUUUGAAGGAGAUAACUGUGAGGUGGAUAUAGAUGAAUGUGCUGAUACUCCCUGUGAGAAUGAUGGUGAAUGUUUUGAGAAGUCAAAACCAGAACACUGGGAAACAGACUGGGAGUUCACCUAUGCCACAGCUGCAGGUUACAUCUGUCAGUGCCAACCAGGAUACACAGGAGAGAACUGCUCAGUGAACAUAAACGAGUGUGUAUCUGAGCCAUGUCACAAUGGAGGAAGCUGUGAAGAUCUGGUAAAUGGGUAUGAGUGUAUAUGCCCAGAGGGGUUCACAGGUCUGGAGUGUGAGGUUAACAUAGAUGAGUGUGAGAGUGCCCCCUGCCUGAAUGGAGGUGUAUGUGAAGAUGGAGUUGCUGAAUAUAAGUGCCAUUGUGCAGAAGCUGAGGAAGGACUCUUGCCAUGGGGGGGACCCCAAUGCACUGUGCAGCUGCUUGGUUGCAUUGACCAUCCAUGCCAAAAUGGUGCCACCUGCUUGCCAUGGUUAAAUGGAGAGACACACGGACAUACUUGUCUUUGUCCACCUGGAUUCUAUGAUGAAGUAUGUUUAACACCAACCACAUUCUCCUUCUCCUCACCAAAGUUCUUUCUUAUUGAACUUGCUCCACUCGAGCGGAGAAAGAGAGACAUAGAAGAACAGGAACACCCCCUGGGUGUUCGCCUACGCUUCCGCACCACACUGCCUGAUAUGCUGCUGUUCUUUCGUGGCAAUGCUGAGUUCUUCAUCUCUCUAGAGAUUGUUGGGGGUGAGCUGCGUGCCAAGGCGGUAUCAAAGGAGGCAGGGUCACUGGAGGCAAAAUUACAAGGACUUGUAAGUGACGGAGAUUGGCAUGAAUCAGUGGUGAACAUUAAUAGAUUGGAUCAGGAUAUCAGACUUGUCCUGCAAGUUAAAGGUCCAGGCUGUGACAAUCAAGUGUGCAAAACUGAACGCAAGCUACCAGAUGGACAAGGAAAUUUCUUGCACCAUGACAGCCUCACAAAAUUAUAUGUAGGUGGAGUACCAGAGGAGUAUGUGGAGCUAACCUUAAGUGGUCAUGGCUUUUUGGGUUGUAUGGAGGACCUACAGGUGGAUGGUCAUCCUGUCCUGCCACAUGAUCUGGGAGAUGAGGAGGCGAGCAUAGAGUUGGGCUGUAUAAAGACAGAAUGGUGCGAGGUGGAACCAAAUCCCUGCUCUCAACAAGGUCACUGUGUUGACCUCUGGACGGGCUACCGCUGUGACUGUUAUAGACCUCACUAUGGCCAUGAUUGCAGCCAAGAUUUCUCCUUUUGGACAUUCGGUCAUGAGGACUCUACAAGCUAUCUUGCAUUUGUAAUGCUGUCUGAUCUUGGCAGGAACUUUAGUGUGUCGUUCUUCCUACGAUCUCUUAAAUCAAGUGGUUUAUUAUUUCAGCUACGUAGGGCAGGGCUCCAGGAGACAGAGGUGGAUAAUCCUUAUUUUACCAUGUACCUGGAAAUGGGACGAGUGCAGGUGACCUCUGUGGUAGGGUCACCCAUCCUAUCAUCACCAGUGUUUGUCUGUAAUGGAGAGCAACAAAUGCUUCAGAUAGACAUACAAGAAGGUCAGGUGUUCUUUAGCCAUGGUGGAUUGCGCUAUGGGCUUGGCUCUCUGUCUGACCUUGAAGUUCUGGAGGGAGACCUGGUUUAUGUUGGUGGGUUUCCAAAUGAAGAGGAUGCAGCUGAUUGGGGGGGUCGUUUUAAGGGGUGCCUGCAGGAUCUGAGACUAGACAAUGUGCAUCUGGAUGUGGAAGUCUGGAAUAGUACCCUCAGUGAGACUGUGUUUAUCUCCAGUGAAGCAAAAAACGUUCUACCUGGAUGCAUAAGUGAUGACAUAUGCAAGGUGGAGCCCUGCUUAAAUGGUGGAGAGUGCACAGUCACAUGGAAUGACUUUACUUGCUCCUGUCCACGGGAUUUCACCGGAAAGGCAUGUGAAACUCGGGUUUGGUGUGUCAGCGACCCAUGUGUAAAUGGUGGACACUGCGUGGAUCUGUUGGAUGGUUUUGAGUGCAUUGCUAAUGCGACUUUUGACAACACACCGUUACACUACAGUGCUAAGGGAUCUCUAAUUUACCCGGUGACCAACUUGACCAUGGAUCUCCGUACAAGGCAGGAAAAUGCCAUAUUACUUCGUGCAUGGAGAGGGGCAGAGUUUCUACUGAUUGGUCUAGUAGAUUCAGCCAUUCAUGUGGAGCUCCAAACCGAGAACAGCGUGGAACCAGUGAUAUUCUCAGGACAGAGACAGAUUGCAGAUGGAAACUGGCAUCACCUGCUGGUUGCCAUGGCCAGUCCAGAACGUGAUGCAUCACAGUGGUUCAUUUUGGUGGAUGGCAUCAUCGACGGCAGCAGUGCACCCCAACUAGCUGGUAGUUUAAGUUUUCUUAAAGAUUUGUCAAGUGAAGUUGCACUUGCAGAGACGUACACAGGAUGUCUAGGCGCUGUCAGAGUGGGUGAGGUUUACCUUCCAUUUGUAGACAAUGCCAAGUCACCCCAAACAUCACGGUUUUGGCGACGACAAGAUGAGCGUGUGCGCAUAGGCUGCUUUGGUGCUCCAGUGUGCCGCUCUCAUCCCUGCAGACGUGGUGGUACAUGUGUGGAUCUCUUCAAUAGAUUUGGCUGCCAUUGCCCAUCAGGCUGGGAAGGAAUCACCUGCGAGAAAGAAACAGACGAGUGUGUCUCAGGACCCUGUCUUCAUGGCAAGUGCAAAGACAAGUUUAAUGGGUUUGAUUGCUUGUGUCACCCUGGAUAUGCUGGACCUACGUGUUCAGAAAACAUAGACGACUGCAAAGGAUCGAAGUGUAAGAACGGAGGAACCUGUGUGGAUGGAGUUAAUGACUUCACCUGUAUCUGUCCACCAAAGUAUAGUGGAACACGUUGUCAGUAUAACUACCCUCCUCUAAAGUGUGAACUGGAUUUUGAAUGUGAAAAUGAUGGCGUUUGUCAUGACACUCAGUGGGGGGCAAACUGCACCUGCCCUUUAGGCUUCACAGGAGACAGAUGUGAGAGAGAAAUUGAUGAGUGUGCAUCCAGCCCAUGUUUGAAUGGUGGAUCAUGUCUGGAUCGGCUGAACCGAUUUCAGUGUUUGUGUCCAGCAGGAUUCAGUGGCCAAUUCUGCGAAACAAAUAAACAGGCUCAGCAGGAACAUAUACCAUGGUUGGCAAUAGCAGUUCCAUUGGCAUGUGGCUGUAUCCUCUUGGUGGCCAUUGGACUCAUUUUUAUGUUGAUGACGGCACGCAGGAAGCGGCAAUCAGAAGGAACUUAUUCCCCAAGCCAUCAGGAGAUUGCUGGUGCACGCCUGGAGAUGGAUAGCAUGUUGAAAGUACCACCUGAAGAGCGACUAAUUUAAACACAGAAACAGAUGUAGAUUAAAGGGCUUUAAUUUUAUCUGUGUGACUCUAUGGAACUACACUGGAACUUUCCAAGACCAUGUGGUGUCUCGGAGCCACAGUGAGAAGCAAGUGCUGCAUCAAACAAGCAACCUGAAGAUGUACGAUAAUACGAGUGAAAGAGGACAAACACGAAGGCAUUGAAUAUGGCUGAUCUUUUGUGGAGACCUAAAACUUUGGAAUUUAACCAGCAACUCUCUCAAGUGUAGGUGAACUUGAUGAUCCUUUACCUCAUGGCAUUGUAUGCCUGAACGGCUUUGACAAAUAUUGCAGAAAUAGAGCUUACAUUCUUCCCACAGCAUUUGAAAUAGGUAACCAACCCCUCUCAAAGAUAAGCACUAAAAAUAGUGCUAAUGAAGGAGUGAGCAACAUUUAGGGAAAAAAAGAACAGCAUUUGAAUGUACAAGCUAUGUCUGUAGCAAGACUGUUAACUAGCUACUAUUCCUGCGGUAGGCUACACUUGAUACGAUAAUCAACACUGAGGAGUGUGGCUUCAUAUUCAUGCAAAUUAGCCAUAUAUUAGCAUUUUCAAGGGUGGACAAACUUAAACUAGUGACUAGUUACUAGUUUAACGUAACGCGUUAUCUUAAAAGAAAAACAAGGCAUUACUGCUUUGCCUAAUUAAUUGCGUUGUUGCGUUCACAUUGCGUCAAAAUUUACCCUAAUUAUGCAUUCCCGAAUACUAAAAGCUAUUAACGUCUUUGCUGAAUGCACAAUCACAAGUUUGUAAGAAAUAAAAAAAACAUUUAAAAACACUUUGAAUUUUAGUUUGUUGCGUCAUGGAUAAACAACCAAAACGGCUACAUGCAAUCUCAGCACAUCUUUGUCUGAUAUGCCAUUUUAUUUUAGCCAAUAUCCUGCACUUCCAGUAUUCCAUAUGUGAGACAGCAAUAAGCGAUUUAAUGUGGCGAUUACAGUUUUGCUAUCAUAGAAAAUAAGCUGCAGAGCUAUUUAACUGCUAUGGGUGGAAACUUUAAGCAGAAUCUGAGCAAAAUUAAUAUUAGCACAAAAAAAAGUAAAGUUAAAAAAAAAAGUAAUGACAAUUGCAAUUAAAUGUGAACGCAAUAUUUUGUAUUAUUGGAAAAACUGUGAACAUGUUAAUGUUUGACAAUCACUGUACUUGACAUUUCUUAGGAAUGUAUGUUCAAACUACUAAGAUAAACAGCAGCACCAUCACUGUUUACGCACACUUACCUCUGCAUACAUAUGCAAAUAUGAUCGCAUGAGCGGUGAAAUAAAAUUCUGCCUGUGUAUGAAGAUGAAAUAAGAGAUGAGAGAUAAACAUAAGAACAAAUCCUUGCUAAAUGUUGUAAAAAGCCAGUGAGUGUAUAUGUUGUAAAUUGUGGCUAUAUACAUAUAUAUUUUUUGUCACAUAGCAGUCAGAUUUUCUUUAAACGCGUGCAUAGGAUUUACUAAAACUAAACCAUACAGUGUGAACUACAUUUUAGAAAUAUUUUUUGAAUGUGUAAAUGUCCAAAAAUUGUUUAAUAAAAGUGUCUGUGUUUAAAUGUUUAAAGGAGACUCAGCUAAAAUAAUCAGGAAAA